AUGGGCAUGGGCGGCGGUGGCUCAAGCAAUGGCGGCAUCGAGGAGCUAAACACCACGCCACAGACAAUGUCCUUGACAUCAUCGUUGAGAGACCUCCAGUUGCCAUCGCUGUCGAUGCCCUCGACACUCGACCUCCAGAACUCGGCCGCCGACUCGUUCCAACAGCUGGUGCAGCAAUCCACCUAUCCGACCACCUACACCAACCUCUACAACAAUAACAACGCCACUGAGUGCGACCCCACGCCAGCGCCCGCGCCACACCCAUCCUCCAUCGUGCACCACCAGCUGAUCAAUCAUCAUCUUCAGCAACAGCCACUAAUCCGACCGGGCGGCAACGGCACCAACACCUUGAUGUACCAGCCGCUGCCCCUGCAACAUCAACAACACCAACAACAUCAACAACAGUCUAUUUAUAAUCCUGUACAGCAUCAACAGCAUCAGCAGCAACAGCAGUCUAUUUAUAAUCCAGCGCAACAACAUCAACUUCAACAGCAACAACAACAACAACAGACAUCAACGACUACGACUACGACAAACAACAACACAACGACUCUACCUGUAUUCAUUCCUUCGACGACACAACUCCAGACCACAGGCAACAACAAUAAUACUCUUCACAACUAUGGCCAGUCACUCCUGGCGGGCGGCACGCAGCAACAGCCACAGCAACACCAGACACAGUUCACCGAUCUUUUGUCCGACGAGCAACAGGCCUCACAACCCUCAUACAUCGUUGGCAACCAGAUCAUCAAGCAAUCACCCUACGCAUUCAUCAAUCCAUCCCUCCUGCCGCUCUCACAGAACCAUACUCAGGUGAUCGUCGGUGAUGUAGAUAUAACCAUUGAGCAACAGCCACCCUCGGACGUGAGGACGCGAACGCCAAACGAUCGUCGAACAUUCAACUGUGUGAUCAGGGUCGUGGGCGACUUUGCCAAGAACAACAUCACCAACGUACUGGCGCAGCUGGCCUACGCCAACACAUACACCGAGCGGCCAUCGCAGGACAUCCUUGGCGGCAACAAGGUAGUGCCCGUGGGCAAGGAUGGCAAGGCCGUCUUUGAUAGCCUAUCUAUGACUGAGGCAUCCACCAAGCAUCAAGAGAACGAGUUCUGUCUCGAGUACAUCCUACUCACUGAUGACAACAAACGAUUCAUUCUGUCUACUGGACAGCCAUUCCUCAAGCGAUCCAGGCCCUUCUACGCCUACUCUAAUCAAAAGGUCUUGUCAAGAAGAAGAAACGUAACAUUGAGGACUUUGAGCUCGAACAAAGGAUCAUCGCUGGGCGGUGACCAGAUGCACGUCGUUGGCUCACCUUUUAUUCGAUGCAAUUCACUAAGGUGUAUCUUUCAUACAGCACAUGGCGAUAUCCCCGCCAACAACAUCGAGCUGUUUAGUGAGUCGGUCCUGUUCUUCACGCUGCCGCCCUAUCCUGCACCGCCCAACUUCUGUCCACCAGACGGCACCGAGUUGGCGGUCCAAGUGGUCACAACCAACGACGGCAGGAACUACAGCAACCCACUACCCUUCACCUACAUCUUUGAGAAUGGAGGUGCCAAGCGUCUGAGGUCGCGAUUCUAG